AUGUUUGUUAUGAAGCCUAACAAGGGCCAGACCUCACUGGUGAAUACCGACGAAGCCAAUUAUACUGAGAUCGUGGCCAAAUACAACGCUGAUUCCCGGGUUAAACUAGCCCACGAGAACGAAAAGUGGGAGGACAUAGACAUCGGCAUCGACAACCGUCCCACAUGGGAUAUUGAUAGCUUAGAAGACACCGCGAACCCACCAGAGGAGGUCAAGGCAAAUCCAUCUGCCUACACAAUGAUCAAGGCGCCCCUUUGCGUCCAUUCGUCUAAUCACCCAGCUUGGGUCGAACCCCCCAACCGGACCGAGCUGUCGGACGAAGACGUUUACCUCGCCUCCAAACAUGUUUUGUGGCCUUUUGAGCCGCUACCCUAUCUGGCAUUUCUGAGUUGA